CCCGCGGCCUCUCCCGGGGCGCCUUGUUCUUCCUGGAUACUGAGGCCCCGACGCGGCAGUCGCGAGGGCUGGGGUCGGGGCUGCAGGCGCGGCAGGGCCUGGAGGGGUCGCGCGACGCGCCUGCCUGCUUCCUGCACGGUAGUCCCCAAGCACUGCGGGGCCCCAGCCCAAAGCGGACCUUGACUACCGCCCAGCCCCCGCGCUUCAGGACCUCCCGCCCGCAGAGCCCACUCGGAUUCGUCUGGGUCGGCGGAGGCCCCGUCUGCCGUACCUGGCGCUGGGACUGCUCCGCACCGGGCGGCUCCCUUUAAGCAGCUGCGGGAGCAUGCGGAGGAGGCCCUGCCGGCCCCGCGGGUCAUGGAGGAGUUCCGGCGCUCCUACAGCCGCCUGUGCAGGGAGAGUGGGGCCGAGCCCCAGGAGGCUGUCCUGCAGCAGCUGCACCAGCUUCCCAGGGGCCGGCUGGACCUGGCCACGCAGAGCCUGACGGUGGAGACCUGCAGGGCCCUGGGCAAGCUGCUGCCGAGGGAGAUGCUGUGCACGGAGCUGGUCCUGAGUGACUGCAUGCUCAGCGAGGAAGGGGCCACACUGCUGCUCCGAGGCCUGUGUGCCAACACCGUGCUGCGCUUUCUGGACUUAAAGGGCAACAAUCUUCGGGCCGCAGGGGCUGAGGCUCUGGGAAAACUCCUCCAACAGAACAAGUCCAUUCAGAGCCUCACGCUGGAGUGGAACAGCCUGGGCACGUGGGACGAUGCCUUCGCCACCUUCUGCGGGGGCCUGGCGGCCAACGGCGCCCUGCAGCAGCUGGACCUCCGCAACAACCAGAUCAGUCACAAAGGCGCUGAGGAGCUGGCCCUCGCCCUGAAGGGCAACACCACCCUCCAGCAGCUGGACCUGCGCUGGAAUAACGUUGGCCUCCUGGGGGGCCGGGCCCUCAUGAACUGUCUCCCCAGCAACAGAACCCUGUGGAGGCUGGACCUGGCUGGGAACAACAUCCCCGGGGAUGUCCUCAGAGCCGUGGAGCAAGCCAUGGGCCACAGCCAGGACCGGCUCACCAUCUUCCAGGAGAACCAAGCCCGCACUCACGUCCUCAGCAAGGAGGUCCAGCACCUCCGGGAGGAGAAGUCCAAGCAGUUUCUGGACUUGAUGGAGACCAUUGAUAAGCAGCGGGAAGAGAUGGCCAAGAGCAGCAGGGCGUCGGCAGCCCGUGUAGGACAGCUUCAGGAAGCCCUGAAUGAGAGGCACUCCAUCAUCAACGCUCUCAAGGCCAAGCUGCAGAUGACGGAGGCCGCCCUGGCUCUGUCAGAGCAGAAGGCCCAGGACCUGGGGGAGCUCCUGGCCACAGCGGAGCAGGAGCAGCUGAGCCUAUCGCAGAGGCAGGCCAAGGAGCUCAAGCUGGAGCAGCAGGAAGCUGCGGAGCGGGAGUCUAAGCUCCUCAGAGACUUGUCUGCUGCUAAUGAAAAGAACCUGCUCCUGCAAAACCAGGUAGAGGAGUUGGAGCGGAAGGUCAGGUGUCAGCAGGAGCAGCUGUUCCAGACCAGGCAAGAACUGACCAGCACAUCAGCCGAGCUGAAGAUGCGGGCCAUCCAGGCCGAGGAGCGCCUGGACAUGGAGAAGAGAAGGUGCAGACAGAGCCUGGAGGACUCGGAAAGCCUGCGCAUCAAGGAGGUGGAGCAUAUGACCCGGCACCUGGAGGAGAGUGAGAGGGCCAUGCAGGAACGGGUGCAGAGGCUGGAGGCUGCUCGCCUGUCCCUGGAAGAGGAGUUGGGCCGAGUGAAAGCAGCGGCACUCAGCGAGCGUGGCCAGGCGGAGGAGGAGCUGAUCAAGGCCAAGAACCAGGCCCACCUGGAGGAGCGACAGCGUCUGGCUCACCUGGAGGACAAGCUGCGACUGCUGGCGCAGGCACGAGACGAGGCGCAGGGCGCUUGCCUGCAGCAGAGGCAG